AUGGGUGAAAUCGUGCGCCUGGUAUUGGUGAAGCUCUGCAAGCAUAAGGUGCUAUUUAAUGGAAUUGAGUCAAAAAUAUUGUCUACCAUUGGAUCCUUCCCUACUAAGUAUAUUUCUGAAAUUCUCCACGAUGAUUGCGGAUCGUAUUCAAAUACGAGGCAAAUUAUGGAUGAAUUGGGUGUUGAUGACUACACUUUCUCGGAUAUGUUGCUAUUCCGAGAAGUUUGUUUGGUUGUUUCUCGAAGGAGUGCCAAUCUUGGUGCUGCAGCAAUUGCUUGCGUUUUGAAUCGAGUACGGCGGCCAAAGAUGAUUGUUGCCAUCGACGGCAGCACCUACAAAUACCAUCCCUUCUUCGAUCACUGGGUCACUGACAAGGUUAAGGAAUUGAUUGACCCAGGACUUGAGGUUGGUGCGAGCAUUCCCCUUUAA